UUCAGGCAAUUGUUCCACUGCUGAGAGCUCUCCAUUGAACUGCACAGGGAGCAGCCUGAGAACAGUCUUUCUGCACAGGCAAGUUCACCCUGGCCCCACAGCUUGUCUAGCUCUCUGCCAAUAGUGUACUCUGCAGAGCUGUACUGCAUUCAGUCACAGGAAUCAAUCAAAAUUCAACUGUAAAAAGCUUUGAAAAUGUCACGGAGAAAAGAUUUGGAAAAAUACAGAGACUUGGAUGAGGAUGAAAUCUUGAACAAACUUACUGAGGAAGAGCUAACAGCUUUGGAAGGGGAACUUGAAGAACUGGAUCCUGAUAAUCAGCUGUUACCUGCAGGACUACGGCAAAGAGAUCAGACCAAAAAAAUGCCAACGGGGUCUUUUCAAAGAGACUCCCUCUUGGGUCAUUUAGAGAAACAAGCCAAGGAAAUUAAGGACAAAGAAGACUUGGUGCCCUUCACUGGAGAAAAAAGAGGAAAGCCAUGGAUACCCAAAAAGACUGUAGUUGAUCCUGUGUUAGAAAGUGUGACUUUGGAACCAGAACUUGAAGAAGCUUUGGCUAAUGCCUCUGAUGCGGAACUGUGUGAUAUUGCAGCUAUUCUUGGAAUGCACACACUGAUGAGUAACCAGCAGUACUACGAAGCCCUUGCAAGCAGCAAUAUUGUCAAUAAAGAAGGAUUAAACAGUGUGAUCAAACCAACACAGUACAAACCAGUUCCAGACGAGGAGCCUAAUUCAACAGAUGUGGAAGAUACCUUGGAACGAAUAAAGAACAAUGACCCAGACCUUGUAGAUGUCAACCUUAACAAUAUCAAGAACAUCCCUAUAUUAACAUUAAAGGAUUAUGCUGAAGCCAUGAAAACAAACACUCAUGUACAGAAAUUGAGUAUAGUUGGGACAAGAAGCAAUGACCCAGUUGCUUAUGCUUUGGCAGACAUGCUGAAGGUCAACAGUACUCUAAAGAGUUUAAAUGUGGAGUCCAAUUUCAUCAGUGGAACAGGCAUAUUGUCUAUUAUUGAAUCACUUCAGUACAAUACAUCGCUGGUAGAGCUGAAAAUAGACAAUCAGAGCCAGCCUCUAGGCAACAAAGUAGAAAUGGAAAUUGCAAGCAUGUUGGAAAAAAACUCGACCCUUCUGAAAUUCGGUUAUCAUUUUACUCAACAAGGACCCAGACUUCGAGCAUCGAAUGCCAUGAUGAACAAUAACGAUCUUGCUCGUUUGCAUAGAACUGAUGGGCCGUGGCACAACUUUUCAGCUCUGGACCUGGAGGAUGUAUAAUGAGGAAGAGGAGGCUGGCUGACUUGGAUGGGCCAAUCUAUCCCAAAUGCCGAAGUGGGGUGUAGAGUCAAGGAGGAGACUGCACCAUAUCGCAGGGCCACUUCCAAUGAUUCUUUGUGCCAGAGUGGAAUAUGUUGAGCAGAGUUAGAGCACAAACAAUGAGUUGUACCUACGGUUACACUCAAGAUGUUACAUAUGCAUAAAUGGAUCACCACAAAGCCAUCUAACAUUUGCAACUCCAGCAACCAGAUUUAAAAUUGCCAGUGUUGUGAAAUCCCAUUACUUUGUUUGAGACCUACACAUUUUUGCAGGCUGAGACAUCUUGCAGAGGAUCAAUCCAAAGGUCCAUCAUUUGCUCACAAGUAUUAAAGACGGCCCUUACAUUGUGGGAGGGUAAUUGGGGUGUAUACUUGUAUAUCAUGUAUAUCAUGUGGUGAUAAGGUAUCAGUGUAUGGUGGAAAUAAUCGCAGCAGCCACCAAAAUCUGAGAGGUAACAUUUUUACUCUAUAAAAAACCUUAUGCUUUCUUUUGUUAAUGUUGCAGCUAUCAUGUGGAGCAUAGUAGGUUGCAUUUAUCACAGGUUUGUAAAAAUGAAAAUCACGCAAAAUA